CUCCCGGCCGGCCGGACCCAGCAGCAAGAUGUCAGAGGAUCAUCAUGGUGAUCUCCCUGCUGGGGAGGGAGGGGAUGGAGAUGGCUGUGAUACAGUUGAUGCAAGGCCAGACAGAAGCAGCAGAUUUUCAGUUUUUAGAACAAAAAAGAAGAAUGGAGAAGAAGAGCAGCCAAAGCCCUCUCUCAGUAAUCAAUACAGAAUUGUUACACCCACUUUCCAGUAUAAUAUGGAUUACAAGAAAGUUGGCAAAUGCAUUAUUAUAAACAACAAAAAUUUUGAAGACAAAACAGGAAUGGGCACACGCAAUGGCACUGACAAAGAUGCUGGAGAUCUUGCUAAGAGUUUUAAAAACUUAGGGUUUGAGGUCCAUAUAUACAAUGACCGAAGCCGUGAUGAUAUGGAAAAAUUACUGAAGCAAGCUGCUGAGGAGAACCACAGUGAUGCUGCCUGUUUUGCCUGUAUCCUCCUGAGCCAUGGGGAAGAAGGGCUCAUCUAUGGCACAGAUGGACCCAUGGCCAUCAAGAGUCUGACUGCACUGUUCAGAGGAGACAAGUGUAAAAGCCUCAUAGGCAAACCCAAACUGUUUUUCAUUCAGGCCUGCAGAGGCUCUGAAUUUGAUGAAGGUAUUCAGACUGACUCUGGACCUGCCAAUGACAGAUGCCUGGAGACAGAUGCCAACCCGAGAUACAAAAUCCCAGUAGAAGCAGAUUUUCUCUUUGCUUAUUCCACGGUGCCAGGUUAUUACUCCUGGAGAAAUCCUGGAAGGGGCUCCUGGUUUGUGCAGUCCCUGUGCUCUGUGCUGAAUGAGCAUGGCAAGCAGCUGGAGAUCAUGCAGAUCCUCACUCGGGUCAAUUACGUGGUGGCCACGAAUUUCGAGUCGCAGUCGGACGAUCCGCGCUUCAGCGAGAAGAAGCAGAUCCCCUGCGUGGUGUCCAUGCUCACCAAGGAGCUCUACUUCUGAAAGUGCCUUCUGAUGCAGCCCCUGCUGAAGGGUCAGGGUCUGCUUUUGGGUGGAGAUGUGAUUGUAAACGGGAGUAGCACACUUUUAAUGACAGAAAUGGAAUUACACUAGGUUUUUACGUCGUAUGAGCUGGGGUAUCUGAUGGAUGGACAGUAUGCAAUAUUUUAAAGAAGCUGACAGCUAUUCCUAAUUACUGUAUCUGGGUUUCCCUUAGUGUGGCUGUCAUGAUUUAUGCCUACUGAAGAUGUUAUGAGUCAGCUACCCGGCCCAUAAAGUUUUUUCCCAGAGAGCAGAUUGUAAAUUAGGAAUAAAACCAAAAAAUCUUGAGACUCCUUCUCGUUUACUGCUAGCUCAUGGCACCAUAACCUCCUUGGAAAUUUCCAAAGACCAUCAUGUUAUGGGUAUGUCCAUUUUGUAGCUAUUUAAAAGGGUGUUUCUCAUCUAAUACAUUAAUUUCCUUUUAAUGAACAUUAUUAGUGAAGGCUAAUGGUUGCUCUGUGCUCAAUCUGGAAGCCAUUUUAGUUAAUCAUCAUUCUAGCAUGAGAUGAAUGUAUAAAAAAAUCAAUAUUUUUAGAUUAUUUACAUGAACAUAGAAAUGUAGAAAUGUAACCAAUAGAACAAUCAAAAUUAAAAUCUUUGCAAAAGAUAUGCAAAUUUUACUUGGAUGAUACCAUAUUAAAGUGCCAUUGUAAAGAUAGUUUGCCCUGCAAAUGACAAUUGACUGAGAGAACAACCUGAAACAGUGAUAUUGCUAUUCUUCUGUUUGCAGAAAUAAAAAUGUUUGUUUGUUGAUUCAGAACUUCUGAACCAUCAGAAAGUUAAGGACAAGGCUUUAUUAUAAAACAUUAAAAUUUAAUGUUGAAAAGGUAGAAUUAUAUGUUCCAGUAAUAAAUGUGUGUUUAGAUUCUAGUGUGAGGGGUUUUUCCAAAACUGGAAAUGCUUACUUGAAUCAGAAAUCAGAAGUGCCUUCUUACCUACUGUACGGUCUUGAUUUUGUGUUUUAGAGUUAUGUUGGUGAUGUUUCUAUUUCUACUUUUUAUAUUCACUUUAGUUGGUAACUGGGUCAAGGAAGUAAGUUAAAUGAUUUGGUUAAACUGAUAAAGAGUUAGUUGUUCAUCCUUUUCCCACUUAAUGUACUCUAUACUCCUUGCAAUCUUUUGAGAAAAUAAGUGCAUAGUAUUAAAGCCAAGUUACCAAAUUGUUAAGUUUAUUUUCUUACAAAUACUGUGACAUAGUGAGACAUAUAUUUUUUCCAUAAGUCAGAUUUACAGUUGUUAGAAUUAAAUAAAUGAUGCUUUAUGGAUGUAUUGAGCAUGACAUCAAUAAAGACCUUUUUU